UCGAACAGCAUCACAACAGUUUCAAACACUUACCAGUGUACAUCAAACGGAUCCAAAAGCGAACAAAUUUCCACGGAAAUUAAAAACAACGAUUUUUGAAAUUUUCAAAUUUAAAAACAAAAAACAACAACAACUAAUCAAAAUGUCGAACCAAAUUGUUGCCAUCAUUGUCUGCAGCCUUGUCUUCUCCAGCGUUUUGGUGAGCUGCUAUGCCUCGACAGUGGCUCCCUUGUGCCAGCCCGGUAUCAUUGAGGGUAUGCCACCACACAUUCGUAAAGUGUGCAUGGCCUUGGAAAAUUCCGAUCAAUUGACCACCGCUCUGAAAACCUACAUCAACAAUGAGGCUGCCACUUUGGUCACCAACUCUGAAGAUUACACCAACAACCUGGGCAAGCGUACCGAUGUCGAUCACGUUUUCUUGCGUUUCGGCAAGAGACGUUAAAUUACUCUCACGAACAGGCCAAUCAAUGCAUCCAACCCUCCUCCACCUUAUCCCCACUCUCUUUCUGUGAAUGGACAAUGAAUGAAUGAGAAUGGCCUUUAAAUCCCUUUCUAUGAGAUUUGGCUUUACACCUGGACCAUAUGCAAACUACACACACAACAAAUAAAACUCCGAUUUUCUUAACCUAUCUAGUAUUUUUAAACUAAAUGUACACUGAAAAUUAAAACAAUGUCUUUAGUAAUGUAAGUUUAUUAUAACAACUCAAAAAAAAAAAAAAAACAACUGGAAACAAUUAUUAAUAAAAAAAACCUAAGUUGAUCUCUUUGUAAUAUUACAACCACAAAAAGAAAACACAUACAACACCGUUUCUCUUGUAACAAAAUGGAAGAAAACUUUAGCCACUACUAUAUUUAAGGUCGAUUUAUCUCCUAAAGCAUGUAUGUAUAUAAACAACUACAAAAAAAAAAAAAACAAAAUAAUUAAAUAAAAUUUUUCUUAAUUAAAAAUACUUUGCACACAAUCAUAAGGUGGAAGGCCACUGUGGGCGACUGGUGUUGCCAACUUCACGAAUUUUAUAAUACAUGGAUCACACACAGAAAGUUUCGUUAUAAAAGAGGAAGUGAAGAGAGUAAGGCAUACUCAUUCUUCUCCAUGUUAUCCAAUUGACUCCAUUUCCUUUUAUGUGAGAGUAACAAUAUUCACACAAAGAAACAUUCAUACAACAAAAACAGUUCAUGGGAGAGGAGAGUAAAAAAAGUAACUUUUUCUUUUUCUAACUGCGAAAAUUUGUCAUAACACACCAUGAAAAUGGCGCCAAACAUUAAACACUGGCUUGACACCUGCAAUGGCUUUCAACAAAUGACAUAUUAACUAAACACACGCAAUUUUAUAGCUUGAAUAAAAAACACAAUAACAACAAGAUCAUUGUUAUAUACCUGGGGCAGAGCGAUAUAUACUACAUACAUUUGUUUUAUAACAAAAAAACACACGUACCCAAACUUAAAACUUGAUAAUAGCAUGUAAAAGUGUAGCACCUUGUCUAACUUUUUUGUUUGGAAAAAAUAUUCUCAAAAUAAAAGCGUUUUUGAAUUAAUAUCAAUCA